AUGUGCCCAGCUAGAGGUACUGUAUCGUAUCACAAAGCCAAAGGGGAUUUUUCGUGCUUUGGUUCUUCGGAGCUUUCUUCCGGUGCAUGGAGCCCGGACGACGCUCGGAUACAAGUGUUCAUAUGUUCAUAUCCCGUAGUUGCGCGAGAGACUGGCGAAUAUCAUGGGCCUGAAUACUUACAUGCAGCAGAUGGGAUGGUGCUGAUACUUGAAUGCGAGUUGGAUUCAAUAGAAGGUACAGCCAAGAAGGAGUUGCAUGCGCUUAAGUACGAAGUACAUGCUGUAGGCAGGCAAGUGUACAUGCUGGGACUGCGAAAAGAAGAGACUCGCACUCGUACACCUCUGGAGCAGGGACAGAUCGAUUCACCGCGACUAGGGCCUGCAGCCACCACGUUUUCGGACCAUGGCCGGGCCUCUCGAUACCUGAAACCCGGCGUUGCAGUGCAUUCCAGCGUCUUCCUGGAUCAUCCGCCCACCUACCACAUGCACCGUACAGUGCGUGUAGCUGUAUGCCGCUCCAUGUUCUUGGUCAAGAAGAGGAAGGCGUCUGCGCGGAGCACGAAGGAUGAUGCUGUCUGUUUAGCCAAAAAGCUGCCGUUCCUAGCGGCACUGACACCCGCUUCAAUCCCAGGCCAACAACAAUUUUCGACGGUACUCGUACAAGUACAGGUACAGAUACAGGUCCUUGCUCCCUGGCACCCGAACGUCCUAGCCAUCUUGUUUCGUUUGAACAGCCUGGUACAAUCAAGAGAGCACAGGCGACCGGCCUCGACUUGGCUAGAGCUUCCGCACCUUAUCCACCUCGCUUCAGCGACCAGACAUCAAACUCUUCUCCGCCAUCCCGAGCCUUGCUGGCUCCCAUUCGAUAAGACAGCGACAAGCAAAAAGGAAAACGUGAAAAAUAAGCAAAAUACAGAGGCCAGCGGCAGUGCUACAUCUUAUCGACGCGCCUCGAUUCACUUGCCGAUGCUAGUCUGCGCCAAAGCUAGGCCCGGCGUAGCCAUGCAACGGCCUGGACCCUUGACAGAGGUGAUGGCGACCCUCCUAAUUAAUCCGUUUUCCGCAUGUUGGUCAGCCCAGGCAAGCCUGGUUAAUACAACGCGAUGGAAUGUCCAUGGACCUGCUACCAUUUUUGGGCUUGAAACGAGACGAGACGAGACGAGAUAUGCCUAUGGACUACGAACAAGUGACGACGAUGAUAUCUCUGGACGAGCACCUGUUGAUGUGCUCCUGGCAGACGCAGCACUUCACGAUAUUGAAGGCUCAGCUCAGCCAAUAUUAUGUCCAGCUCCCGGCACCAUUGCAUCCGCCCCCCCGCAGCCGCCCUACAUUGGAGAGAAGGACAGGACGCUGCGGCGCUAA